UUAAAAAUUAUAGUCAGAAGAGGAAGAAGAGUAAUUUUUAACCUUAAAAAUAAGAAUUGAUUUUUAGGUUAGAAAUAAACAUUUUUUAAAUGUUAAAUAUUUACAAGAAUGUCGUUUGUACACUAUGUAAACAAAAGGCAAUUAAAACUUCCAGAUUUUUGAAAACCUCUGCAAAAUUAAACACUUUCUGGGAGAACGAUGAUAAAGGAGGUUAUAAAGAUAAUAGACCAGUCCCAUCCUUUAAAGAAAGAAUGAGGACUGGUCUUCAGGAACUUAAAAAGGAAAUAGCCUUAUGGUCUGAAGAAGUCAAAGAAAGAUUUGAAUUUGACCCUCUGAUAGUUUUCCGGCCUGGUGAAGUAGACGUAAAAUGGCAAUUUGAACAAGACGAGUCAUUAAAAAAAUGGAUAGUUACCAGUGAUAGUGAUAAUAAUGAAGGAUUCAGUAAAGCAAAUUUGACACUUACAAAUCAUGGGAAAGGUUUAUUUCAUGGUGAGUUGUCUAUGAGAGUACCUAAGGAUGGAAGAGUAAAACGUGCUGGAUAUUGUAAUAUGAGAACUCUACGUGCAAGAAAAUCGUUCAAACGGGAAGCCUACUUGGACUGGACUAGUUACAAUAUGUUAGUUAUGAGAAUAAGAGGGGAUGGUAGAUCAUACUUGUUAAAUAUAAAUACGAGAGGAUACUAUGACAUUACUUGGAAUGAUAUGUAUCACUAUGUACUCUUUACAAGAGGAGGGCCUUAUUGGCAAGUUGCAAGAAUACCAUUUUCAAAGUUUUUCCUUGCUUCUAAAGGCCGAAUACAAGACAGGCAAGCUCCGAUACCCUUAAAUAAAAUUACCAGUUUUGGUAUCACGGCUGGUGAAAGGCAUGGAGGAGAUUUUUCUCUAGAAAUUGAUUAUAUUGGUUUAGAAUAUGAUCCCAGUCACACUGAAGAUUUUGCCUAUGAGAUGUAUAAGACGGAUAAAUAUAUGGUUGCCACAUAAAUCAUAAAAUAAAUUUCUUAAUUCUAAAGUUCUAAAGUUGCUGUAAUAAUUUUUUUUGAUGAACAUAUUUUUCCUCU